UUCACUGCUUCGUAGCAACAAAAGAAUCUGGUGUUGCUAUUUUGAUUUGUGCCAUUUUUCGUUGCUUUACAAGUUCGCAACAAACGCUAGGCGUAGAUAGAAAGCGUACAGUUGGUCCGAAAGGAUAACGAGUUCUUUUGCGACCUCCGCAAACACAGGUUCCACAUACCUGCGGCAUUCUAGGGUAGGUCUGCACUUUGGCAUAACGCAAGUGACCCAGUGACCAAGCGAAUAGGCGCAAUCAUGAGUGUGGUGGGCAAGAAGCUCAGUUCAAUGGCAUCUGGAGGCGGCGCGGAGGAAGCAGCCAAGUCCUCGCCCACCACUCCGACGAUCACUGGAACCGCAAAGAGCAUCAUCACGCCGGAAUAUGUGUUGCAGUUGAACAAAAUCGCGGACGAUUACCUCUGCACGCCCGAUGCCAACAUCUACGAGAUCGAUUUCACCCGAUUCAAGAUACGCGAUCUGGAAUCGGGAGCUGUACUGUUCGAGAUAGCGAAACCAUCCGUAAGCGACAUUACGCAAAGCGGCAACAGUGCCGCCGGGGUGGGUGGUGAAUCAACGCCCGGGGAUGCGACGGGGACACCGAGUGGUGAAAAUCCGGCCCCAACCGAGGAUGUAGAAGAAACGUUCGAACCGAACGCAGGACGUUACGUGCGGUACCAAUUUACUCCGCAGUUCCUGAAACUCAAAACCGUCGGUGCAACGGUCGAGUUUACCGUUGGCAGCAAGAGUGUGAAAAACUUUCGCAUGAUUGAGCGGCACUUUUUCAAGGAUCGGUUACUGAAAACGUUCGACUUUGAGUUUGGAUACUGCAUUCCCUUUUCUAAAAAUACUUGCGAACACAUCUACGAGUUUCCCGCCAUCCCACCGGACCUAGUGAACGAAAUGAUUCAACAUCCGUUCGAGACCCGUUCCGAUAGCUUCUACUUCGUCGAUGGAUGCCUGGUGAUGCACAACAAGGCCGACUACGCGUACAACGGUGGCGGUCUGUGAGCGCCGCUCGGUAGCCGGACGCACACGGGAUCCCUGGCGAGAACUGCGCCAGAUGUUACCGCGAUACAACUUUGUUUUGUUGCCUUUCGUUGUUGCCGUGUUGUGUUGGUGAUCAACGUGGUUCUCGAUCCGAGCAAGCGUGCGGUGAAACCAUUUUUUCGCCAAAUACACGCGAUUCGAACCGGUGGACUCGUGCUGAGUUUGUGAAAUGCAGAAAGGAGCGAAAUUGGGAAACCGGGAGGAUCCGGCAUUCCCAAUAACCUAACCAAAGCUGAGGCCGAGCUAACGCGUGAUGAAGGCAGGAAAAAAAUAAACAAAACAGGUACGUUAAUAUACUUAUAGUAAAUGCAGAAGAAAGAGGUAAAAAGCAGGGUACACCGGAGGCAAAAAGACAUUAUCGAAAAUUCCCUCACCGGCCAACCGUCAUCGAAGUGGCUAGUGGUAGCUACAAGGUCCCACAGGUUCCGUUAUGGGCGCUUUAAAUAUAUUUAUUGUAAGAAUUGGAAGGUUUUUAAAACGAGGCGAAAUAUGAAUCUAGUCCAGAAUAGCGCCGUCUACUCCCACGUUAAAAGAUGUACGAGAGCAGCACCCCCAGCCUGCUGAGCAAUGCCAAUUAAAAGUGUGACCAGCACGACUCUAGAAAAUGAAAACGAUCGACCGACAGAACUCGAAUCACCUUUCUUGCCUUAAUUAUUUGUUUGUUAUUGUGGUGAACGGGAACUGGGAUAUCAAUGGUGGAAGAAAGAGGUAUUAAGCAUAAAAACAUAAACACACCACAGGCCCGCAGACUGAUCGGUUGCGCGAACUAAAAAUAGACUAGUGUUCGGUACAUCCACGGUACAGUCGCAGUCGAGGGCUUGGUAUUAGGGUAUCCCUCCGCCCGGACGAAAGUUGAAUGUGUUUUGAUAGCAAUGAAUCAAUGCUGAUGGGAUUUUCUACCAAACCGUUUGCGUCCUUUGGCUUUUGUACAUUGGGUACCUCUGUGAUCGAUCUUCACUUAAAACUAAGCGACAGCGGCUAGCUAUUUGAUAGUUUAGAGAGAAUUUGCCACGAAUCUUUUUGCUCCAUUUCUACCAAUAUGCUUUUCCCUUAGCGUAAACGUGUUCCUAUAAUUCAUUCAUAAAUGACUCUAUUGCGGUUAAUGAUGUUGGACAAAAUGUUAGAGAAGGUCACCUGGGGAAGACAGAGCACAGUUUUUGCUUCAAACGGCAAGAGUCUCUCGCGAGCAACAUUUGAGGUUUCGGUCGGUCAUCGUCCCGUCGGGUAUUGCGUCUCGCAAAUAUCACGGUAUACACCGUGAACCCUGCCGUGUAUCGUCCGUCCGUUAUGGCUCACGACACGCGAUUUCUUGUACCGCCGCCGGCAGUUGGCGGUUCGUGUUCGUGGGAUCGAUUAGGGUUUCGUUUGCACCUUCGCAAACCUCGAAUUCCGCUGACCACGGUUUACGGCAGGUGGCUAAAAACCGAAUUUUGUAUGUACUUUCGUCAUCGUGGCUCCCUCGCGACCAAACCCCUAAUGGUGACAAACAUAAUAUCCUAAAUCUUCUCACACCACAAACCGCGUCGCUUGCGUGACCGCAUGCAAUGACCGUGGCUCGGAAGUGUUAUUGACGCCACCUAUCAGUUUGUAUUCACAUGGGGUCAAUAUCAUGAACCAAAAAAAAAUCCCCUCCAUUGCUUUUAGCUUUCUAUUACUUUUAGAUUACAACUCUAUUUAGCAGGAAGUUGUUUGAUUCACCUCAUCGUGGCAUUUUUCAUUGCAAGGAUAAAGCAAAACAUAUCUUUUGGAAGCGCUGAAUGCAUUUCAAACAUUUGCAUUUCCGAUACGGAACAGCUCCCGACUGACUGUUCUCUCGCUCUCUCUAGAGUAGAUUGGUUUAUUCGUGGUCGUUUGCCACGAUGUUGGCAAGGAUUAAUGAAACCGACAAUGGAGAAAAACCUGUCUGCACCCAAAACGCAAAUGAGUGGGAUAAUGAGAUACGAAUGCAAAUUUAGUCUUCACGACCGGCCAAGGGCCACUCAAGCCAUACAAGCCUCUGCAACCAGCCUCUCUCGUUCACCAAAACACCUCAAAGCCAUGGCCGAACUAAUUAGUAGAACACUGGAAAGCAAGUAGCAUGCAGUAAUAGCAACUGAAUAUAAAUCAACUGAAAACAUAUUUGUAUCACAUGAUAUAAUAGUUGUCACCAGAAAAGAAAUAAUAAGAACACACCGGAAUAGAUAAAAUGCCCUUGUAAUAGAUGAGGAAAUGCUUGAUGUUCAGUAAGACACGCCCAAAUAUGUAGUUAACUUAAGCGUAUGGGCGUCCGUAAUGAAAAAGAACUGAGUUUUAAAGAACCCUAUUAUUGCCCAGCACACCGUGUCGCGGCAUCAUGGGUAUAAUGCAGGGCCAGAAAUUGAUAGCGUUGAUUUAGUGAACGUUUUAGUUAUAUCGAAUAACCGCGAGUAGAACUCAUCAGUAAGUGUUUUAGCGUUAAGCGGGCUUUGGAAAUCCGCUUUGAAAUGGUAAUACGCCGGAGAGGCGCAAAAUCUUCCCAAUAGGUUGGAAGUAACGGCAUAGUCAUUUGCGAUACGUUUGUCAUUUACGAUACUUUCGCGUGGCAACCGUUGAACGUUUUUACUCAAAUUUUUGGAAAUUGCGGUUGUGUGCAGUUGUGUGGUUGGAAGACGGAAAUGUUUAUCCUUUUUAUACCAAUACUCUUGCCAAUAAUCAGCACAUUUGGGAGUUGUUUGUUUCGCACGUGUGAGUGUAUCUGUGACACAUUUUUUUUUUAAUUUUUCCUACUUGAUGAAAGCGUACCGAUUGCACAAGACUUCCUAUUCACGGCAGGAGACCAAAACCCGAAUUUCAAACGUACCACCAGCACGCACCACACAAAAGCCACACUAUACUGUUUAGUUUUUGUAAUGUGUUUAGAUGUUAAACAAUUGGUGGUCAAAUUACUAGGGUGCACGACAAAGCCGGCGAAAAACGGCAUUUGCGGCUGCGUUGAGCAGACAAGAGAGUAAACACUACUGCACUUAAUUCUAGUCUGUGCGUAUCAGUCGUCGUGGCAGAAAGUGGCCAAUAGCAUGGCGAUGAAACGAGAAAACUUUAAAUUUAAAACAAAUCAAGAAGAGACAAAAAGGAUAGCCAGAACAGCCAGUGUGAACUUUUUCAUCGUGUGUGCGCCAGGCAUUGUCCAGUUAAUGCACCGCACUGCAGUAUGCCGCCCAUUCGGAACAAACGAAAAUGUUACCAGCAAAACAAUGAACAAUACGCAAUAAGAAAUAAAGAAAUUACCGAAAUUCAAACAAUAUUUAGAUAAUAUGCGCCAUGCAGUAGUGCCGAGGCUAGAAACAGUAGAAUGGUGCGAGUGGAAGCGGACGACAGAAGAGGACAAACCAUGAGUAGAAACGAAAAUUCGAGUAGUGUUUGUGUUUUUGAACAAAAAGAAUGUUCCUUCGCCGACAAUGUUGCAACACACUGAGGAUAAGCUAAACAAAAAAACCAAAAAGCUAUUAAGAAAAGAUGUGAACAAAGUAAGAAAACAAAAUCUCUAUGCUUCUCCAUCGCUAGCGAGAAGAAGGUACGCGAUAAAAUGAUCAAACUAAAAGCAUCAAAACUAUCACCGCGUAGUCAUAUACUUUUACCGAAUCUUAGCUAAAAUUGAAGUUACACAAGCAAAACUGAACGCAUACCAAGCAAAACACGUGUCGGGUAGAACGCCGGUGUUGUGGCCGGUGCUGAUAGGAUUUGGGGUCAGAUAAAAUCUAUUAUGCUACGAACGAAGCAGAUGUGCUAGUCAAAAAUUAACUGAAACCAAAUUAAGGAGCUAUCAAAAUGAUUCCCUUCCUUUGCAGAACGCUCUCUGGGCACGAAUUUCCUUAUUCCACUACCAGGACCUUACGUUACUAUCCCGUACUGUUUUCGGUUGAUAUCGCAAUGCGUGUUUCAGAAAGACAACACAAUCUCUAAUUGUUUUUACAUUGUAGAUUAAGUUUGUAGUCAAGUGAUGACAGGGGCUCCUCCAGGGGCGCCUUAAGUUUUA